UGUGGUUGACGGUGAGAUUAGAAGCUCUAUAAGUAUCCAGUGAUUCUACGGUGAAGACUAAAGGUGCUACCUGGCUUAAGAAGACAGAUCAUUCUGCAUCAGUUUUCAAAUUUGCAUCACCUCAUCGUCUCCAUCAUGAAGUUGUUGGCUGUGUUCCUCCUUGUUUUCUCCAUGAUGACUGAGAGCAGUGGUGACCCUGUCCCUGAUGGUGGCUCUCCUGGUGACGCUGCCUCCAGUGAUGUCUCUGCUGAUGAAGCAUCAGAUCAAGUUGAUUUGCUCCAGAGAUCUGAUUCUUGUCCCUCUGGCUGGACUCGGAUCAACAGUCGCUGCUUUCAGUAUGUUCAAAAAUCCAUGAGUUGGGCAAAAGCCGAGAAAAACUGUCUGUCSAUGGGAGCAAACCUUGCAUCAGUUCAGGAUCUGAACGAGUACCGUAAGAUUAAGGCUAUGAUAGAUAAAAUAAGUUACGGAGCCAAAGAAGCAUGGAUUGGAGGCACAAAUGCACAGGAGUUGACCAUUUGGUUGUGGAGCGAUGGAAGCAACUUUUCCUACUCAGACUGGUGUCCAGGAGAGCCUAAUAAUGGUGGAGGCAACCAGCGCUGCAUACAGAUUAACUAUUCAGGUGAAAAGUGCUGGGAUGAUAUGUGGUGUGAUCACCUUCAGCCUUCUGUCUGCGUCAAGAAACCCUGAUCACAAUGAGGUUCCCAAAGAGGCCUGAUGUGUAAAACAGAGCCAGUGGAGGAUGAAUGCUAGGAGUUUCUGUUUGCCUGCCUUUUUGCACCUUCAUAGAAAACCAAAAAGAUAUUCUGCAUCUUUUCUUUAUAUCAUAUCUGUCUUUAAUGCAACCUAAGGAAUGAAGCGACAAGCAAACAGUAGCUGGAUUGUCUCUCUGUAAUAAGAUCAGACUGAAUGAGUUAUAGGAAAGAAUCAUCUUAGCAAAACUUUCUUCUGUUCUUUGGCUUAGCAAGAAUAAAACUUUGAGGAAUCAAAACAA